AUGCAGGCUCUGGCGAUCGUCUGUCUCCUGGCGCUGAUAACUCUCGUGCAGAGCCUGACUGUGGUUCCUCCGCUUCUCCAAGGACCCGAUAUUCCUUCCCGCUCCUCCCACAGCCUCGUCGCUCGCGUUGACGAUAUCGAAGUCAUAUACCACAGAGCCACAUGCAAAGGCCAAAAGUUGCUGUCAGCAACAACCUCCCCGCACGACGCAGCAGCCGCCUUUGUCAACCCGAUCGAUAGCCCCUGGACCAACCCCAUCCAACAGGAGCUUGAAACUUGGGGCUACAAAAUCGAGAGUGACGAUGGCACCCCCCAAUUCCGCGCAAGUCAUGAGGAUGAGUGCGAGUUCGAGCACAGCCACAAGCUCAAGAGCAUGUUCGAUGACCUCAGAAUCGAUACGCGAAGUACCUACCAGGGCGGACCUAAUCGGUGUUACUUUGUUAACCAUAAGGACGGUCCAGCAGUACGGCGCGACAAUCAGGGAGAUCUACCACCGGUCAAGCAGCAGUGGUAUAAAGCCAACGACCAAUACUAUCGUGUCACCAACGCCGAGUUCGUAAUCGGCGUAAACCCAGCAUCAGGUCUGAUUGCAAUGACCAAUCGUCAGAGCCCCGCCACGAGCGCGCAAGCCCUCUGGGGCCUCUCCAACCCUCCGCCGAACGAUGAGCUUCCCGCACUGAAAUCGAGCUCUGAUAUCAUGUGGGGACUGUGGAAUCUGGCGAGUCCGAACAACCUGCACGGCAUCAAGUACAUCCUUAGUACGCCUGUUAUAAACCACGAGACGGUCGCCAUAAUCAAGAAGAUCUUGGAAGACAACUGCCUCGAUUUGGAUGAGCUGAUGACCUGGUCGGGCUGCGAGUUUGGGUCAGAGGAGCCGGAAUAUCUCGCUUUGCUCGGAUCACCGAAUGGACAAGCCGUUGGGUACUUCUUGGCGCAGCACAAAGCCCAGCUCGGCGGAAAAUAUGUGUCGAAAAUCAACAUCUUCAAAGGAGAUGAUGCACACAUGGUUGCCGUCUGCCUCCUUUUCACGAUCGACGAUAGGGCUGGAGCUGCGAGGGCCGCUAUCCGGGAUGGAUCGAACGGCAAGGGUCGCGUUGACGAAGCGGUAGUCGUGAGGCGAUUCGACUAUGAGAAGAAUGUUGUGAGACGGCAUAUCGUGUGGGCGAAGUUGUAG